AUGCUGAUGACAAGGGCAUCGUUAUGUGGCAUGUCGAGGCCGAUCAGAUCUUUCUUUUGGAAGCCGAUUACAGGAUCGUCUUUUGCUGGUGGAAGGUCAAUCGAGACUUGGGAGAUCAUAGUGGCCUGUUUGAUCUUCCUCUUCUUAACCUUGCUGGAUUGUGUUAAUCUUUAUGACCUUCUGGGGCGGUUCCUGGGUGAUGUCUCAAUCUUCAAUCUGCUGGAUGGCCUGCUUCGUGAUGAACUCCGUGCAGUGACCUUCUCUCACGAGUUCUUCAAGGUGUGCUUUCCAAGCGAGGCAGUUGUUGGUAGUGUGCCCGUGUGUCCCAUGGAAGGCACAAUAUUUGCUAGUAUCCCUCUUGUCUGGAUCUCCUUUCAAGGGUGGCGGUCUUCUUACCCAAGGUUUGUUUUUCACUUGGGCUAA